AUGGAUGCUGUUGAAAACCAAAAACGGCGGCAGCAGAAAAACAAAGGUGAUGUGGCUGAAAAACAAAGGUGUAAUGGAUUGCUUUUGUGGAGAGAGAAAACAAAGCUAGAAUACUUGGAAGAUAGGAGAAUUAAGGAUCUAGUGAAGAAGCACUCGGAGUUCAUCAGCUAUCCGAUCUAUUUAUGGUCAGAGAAGACCACCGAGAAAGAAAUUAGUGACGAUGAGGAAUCGAAGAAGGAAGAGGACAGCGACAUUGAAGAAGUUGAUGAAGACAAGGACAAAAAGUCCCAGAAGAAGAAGGUGAAAGAAGUCUCCCACGAAUGGCAGCAGAUUAACAAGCAGAAACCGAUCUGGAUGCGAAAGCCAGAAGAGAUCACGAAGGAAGAGUAUGCUUCGUUCUAUAAGAGCCUGACCAAUGACUGGGAGGAACACUUGGCUGUGAAACAUUUCUCUGUAGAAGGACAACUCGAGUUCAAAGCCAUCCUUUUCGUGCCGAAGCGUGCUCCGUUCGACCUAUUCGACACCAGAAAGAAGAUGAACAACAUCAAGCUUUACGUGCCGGACACUGAAUGA